AUGGCCGGCGUAGUCGCUUCUUUUGAUUCCAAAUUCUGUCAUUUUGCUGCAUCUGCUCGCCUCCAGCCAAAUAAUGCAGAGGUACUCCAUCUAAGCGGCAUGGUCAAAGAGAGACUACAGCUUUAUCAGGAAAAAAAUGGAGGGAAUCUUCCCUUGAACAUUCUAUUUUACCGAGAUGGCGUUAGUGAGAGUCAGUUUGGCAUGGUACUUACUCAAGAGCUUCCACAAAUCGACAAAGCUUGUAAGGAAUUCACGGAGAAGCAAGGAAAACCUGAUGUUCGUGUCACGUUGCUAGUCGUCACGAAGCGCCACCACAACCGUUUUUUCCCGCUUAAUUUGGAAAAGAAUACCGAGAAUAUAAGUGGGGGUCUGGUGGUUGACAAGCACAUCAUGAAUCCUAAUCAAAUGAGCUUUUUCCUUCAAAGCCAUGAUUCCCCGCUGGGGACAGCACGGUCGGCGCACUACACUGUCAUCGCUAAUCAAUGCAAAUUGACUUUGGAUCAACUAGAACAAGUGACACAUAAAUUAUGUUUUGUGGGUUCUCGAGCGCCUAAGGGAUUAUCUGUCUGCGUUCCAGCAAGAUAUGCCGAUAUCCUUUGCGACCGGCUCCGGUGUUAG